GUGGCCGUACAAAGGAGAUGUGCAUCUCAAAUGAUGUUUAUGUCACAUCCCAUCCAUCCAUCAGAUGCAUCACCUAAAUGAACCCGUAGGGCCCAAAGUCCAGCUCGAUGCAAAACUCAAGUGUACCAUGGCGCAGGAAACAAGGUGAGGGAUGCCAACCCUUGAUUUUCACUAAGGCCCAUAUGAGGAAGCGGGAUUGCGUGGUGUGCCACACACCACCCAUCUCAAUGGUGUGUUGACAUCAUCAAGUUCUGUGGGCCCCAAAAUGAUGUAUGUAUUGUAUCCAAACAUUUCAUCCACUUGCCAAGGUUAUUUUAGGACAUGAUCCUAGAAAUAAGGCAGAUCCAAAGUUCAAGUGGACCACACCACAUAAAGAAGUGGAGAGAAUGAUUCUCACCGUUGAAACUAUCCUAAAAAAUGGUAAACUUACAACAUAAAGCGCAACCUCUAUAAAAGUCCUCUCAACCAGAACGAUGGAUGCUAUGAUUUUGAACUUCGAGAUCGUGUACAAAUAUCGUUAAUACCAUGACUCAAGAUCUUGCUCCUCAGAUAAUCUCAUGGUGGUGGCCACAAGAGAUCAACGGUCCCGAAGCAGCACUAUCUUUUUCCUUUAUACUUUGUCUGAUCUCUUGGUACACAUGGGUUUUGAUCAAGAGAUCACGUAACGGGUCUCCUCCUUUGCCACCUGGCCCACGAGGCCUACCGUUGAUUGGCAGCCUCCCAUUCUUAAAUCCAGAUCUCCACCUUUACUUCGCCAAAUUAGCCCAGACCUACGGCCCGAUCAUCAAGUUACAGCUAGGUAGCAAGCUAUGCGUUGUAUUAAGCUCACCAAGCGUAGCUAAGGAGGUCCUCAGGGACCAUGACACCAUCUUCGCCAACCGCGACGUCUCCGCUGCAGGAAGGGCACUUACGUACGGUGGGAAUGACAUCGCGUUUAGUCCCUACGGUCCAGAUUGGCGGAUGAUGCGCAAGGUGUGCUCACGAGAGAUGAUGAGCCCUACGGUGCUUGACUCGUACUAUGACCUACGUAGACGUGAGGUGCGCCAGAUGGUGCAUGAUGUGCGCACCCAAGCAGGUGGGCCGGUUUACAUAGGCGAGUUAGCGUUUCGAACAUCGCUCAAUGUAGUGACGAGCAUGAUAUGGGGUGGGACGGUUGAUGGAGAGGGCAGGCGUAGUGUGGGGCAUGAGUUUCGAGAGGUGACCAACGAGGCUAUACGGUUAGUAGGUAAGCCUAAUAUCUCAGAUCUUUUUCCUAUAAUAUCAAGGUUUGAUGUACAAGGAGUGGUGGGCCGCAUGAAGAAGGUCGCAUCAUGGUUGGAUAGGAUCUUCCAAUCGGUCAUAGAUCAACGGCUGAAAAUGGACAGAGGAGAAGGGGAGAAGGAAAGCAAGGAUUUUUUGCAGUUGCUUUUGCAGCUUAAGGAGGAAGUCGACUCUAAAACGUCCUUGACUUUUACCCACGUCAAGGCCAUGUUUAUGGACAUGCUGGUAGGUGGUAUAGACACUACGGCAACGACAAUAGAGUGGGCCAUGGCUGAGAUGAUGAAGAAUCCAGAGAUAAUGAGAAAAGCCAAAGAGGAAUUAGAACAAGUGGUGGGGAUGGACAACAUGGUUGAAGAGUCACACAUACCCAAAUUGCGUUAUUUGGACGCUGUGCUGAAGGAAGUCCUACGUUUACACCCUCCACUUGUAUUCUUGAUCCCCAGGUCCCCGAGCCAACCAUGCACCGUUGGUGGUUAUACAGUCCCAAAGGGCACUCAGGUCAUGGUUAACACAUGGGCAAUACAUAGAGACCCUGAAGCUUGGGACAACCCCUUGGAGUUUUGCCCUGAGAGGUUCUAUAAUGCUACAAGCAAAUCAGAUUACAGUGGCAAUGAUUUUCGUUAUAUUCCAUUUGGUUCAGGAAGGAGGAUAUGUGUAGGACUUCCCCUGGCGGAGAGGAUGCUAACUUACGUGUUAGCUUCACUCUUGCACUCGUUCGAUUGGCGAUUGCCAGAGGAUGCAAAGCUCGAUCUUUCAGAGAAGUUUGGACUUCUUCUGAAGAAAGCAACACCGCUUGUUGCCAUUCCCAUGCCAAGAUUGUCAAAUCCAGAGCUCUACUCUUGAAAUAAUUAUUCAUCUUAUACUAUAGUUUACUUAUGCUGAGUUAGUGUUUGUUUUCGAAGGCCGAGUUACAUUAUUUUGAGUAAAAUAGAACUUCCCUGAUGUGUACCUAGUUUUUAGAUGUGGGGGUUGUGACUAACUCAUUGAUCUGAAGGCCAAAUGGACCAUGCCCAAAGAAUAUCCUCAAUUAGCCAACUCCAACUUUUCCAUUGCUGGUAUGCAAAUAAAUGGUUAAGAAGAGAUUGACCGGCAUUCCUCAUUCAAUGGAGAAAAGACCAAAGAUUCGAUGGUUAGGAUCUUCUAAUCUGGGGGAAUCUUUUGGGCUUGGUCCAUCAUGGCCUUACACAUACAUGCAAGCUAUGUACACAACAAGUUCCCAGUCGAUUGCAAAAGGAAAGUCGGCCUCUUGUUUUUAUUUUUGUGGCAUCGUCUUCGUUGUUUUGGUGCUAUUAUAUUAUGGUUUUGGCUCAAUGUUAUAUUUCCAUAAAUAUCAAUAUCAGACUCUUUUUUAUAUAAAGGUGAUUAUGUUUUU